UUUCUCUGUUUAGCCCACCUUCAAAGCCUCAGUUCCGAUUUCGGUUUUGGGUCCCGGUAUCUCCCGUAAUUCCCUCUCUACUCUCUCUAUCUCUCCAGGAUGGUCAAUCAAUGUCGCCAAAAAUUAUAACAAACGCCAUUUCCAUUGCUCUUAGAGCUCUCACACACUCCACUUCGCCAGCCGCUGACACUAGCUCUUGGGUUCAUCGAUUAAUCCUUUGUAUGUGAAUACGGGUUUAAGAGUAUAGUGAAAAUGGUGACUAAUGGCGAAUUUUCUACAAUAUGAGUAGCUUGGUUGAGAGGCUUCGUGUAAGAUCAGAGCGAAAGCCAAUUUAUAACUUAGAUGAGUCAGAUGAUGAUGCUGAUUUUGCGUCGGGAAAACCUGGGAAAUCUCGGGGAAAAAUUGAAAGGAUAGUGAGGCCUGAUGCGAAAGAUGAGUGCUGCUGUCAAUCUUGUGGAGAAAGUGGGGAUCUUCUGAGCUGUGAAACUUGCACUUAUGCUUACCAUGUCAAGUGUCUACUUCCACCACUAAAAGCCACUCCUCCUAGCAACUGGAGAUGUCCUGAAUGUGUUAGCCCUUUGAAUGAUAUUGAUAAGAUAUUGGUCUGUGAAAUGCGUCCUACCGUAGCUGGUGAUAAUGAUGCCUCUAAGUUGGGCUCAAAGCAAAUUUUUGUGAAACAAUAUCUUGUGAAGUGGAAGGGAUUGUCUUAUCUGCACUGCACUUGGGUACCUGAGAAAGAGUUUUUAAAAGCAUUCAAGUCAAAUUCUCAUCUAAGGACUAAAUUCAACAACUUCCGUCGUCAAAUGGCAUCAAAUAAUAACCCUGAGGAUGAAUUUGUUGCCAUUCGGCCUGAGUGGACAACUGUUGACCGGAUUCUUGCUUGCAGGGGAGAUGGAGAUGAGAGAGAAUAUCUUGUGAAGUAUAAAGAACUUUCAUAUGACGAAAGCUAUUGGGAAUUUGAAUCAGAUAUAUCUGCAUUUCAGCCUGAAAUAGAAAGAUUUAACAGAAUUCAGUCUAGAUCUCGCAAACUGAGAAAGCAGAAGAGCAGCCUUCGAGAUGCUACCGAUUCCAAGAAGAAACCAAAAGAAUUUCAACCGUAUGAAAAUACUGAAUUUCUAACUGGAGGCACCUUGCAUCCAUAUCAGCUAGAAGGGUUGAACUUCUUACGUUUCUCAUGGUCCAAACACACUCAUGUGAUACUUGCUGAUGAGAUGGGCCUUGGGAAAACUAUACAGAGCAUUGCAUUUUUAGCAUCUCUUUUUGAAGAAAAUAUCUCACCACAUUUGGUAGUAGCUCCGCUUUCAACGUUGCGAAAUUGGGAGCGUGAAUUUGCAACAUGGGCACCUCAAAUGAAUGUUGUUAUGUAUGUUGGCUCUGCACAGGCUCGUGCUAUUAUCAGGGAAUAUGAAUUUUAUCAUCCCAAGAACCACAAGAAGAUAAAGAAAAAGAAAUCUGGUCAAGUUGUUGGUGAAAGCAAACAAGAUAGGAUAAAAUUUGAUGUGCUUUUAACUUCUUAUGAAAUGAUUAACUUGGACACAGCAUCAUUGAAACCAAUAAAGUGGGAGAGCAUGAUUGUUGAUGAAGGUCAUCGUCUCAAAAAUAAGGAUUCAAAAUUAUUUCUUUCACUGAAGCGGUAUUCUAGUAAUCAUCGUGUGCUUUUGACUGGAACUCCUCUUCAGAACAAUCUGGAUGAACUUUUCAUGCUCAUGCACUUCCUUGAUGCUGGGAAGUUUUCUAGUUUGGAGGAGUUCCAGGAGGAGUUUAAGGAUAUAAAUCAAGAAGAGAAAAUUUCAAGACUUCAUAAAAUGUUGGCUCCCCAUCUCCUUAGAAGGGUGAAGAAAGAUGUCAUGACAGAGCUACCUCCUAAAAAGGAACUCAUUCUACGUGUUGAACUAAGUAGCAAGCAGAAAGAAUAUUACAAGGCCAUUCUGACUCGUAACUAUCAAAUAUUAACCCGACGUGGUGGUCCACAGAUUUCGCUUAUCAAUGUGGUUAUGGAAUUGCGGAAGCUUUGCUGUCAUGCUUAUAUGUUAGAAGGAGUUGAACCAGUUAUUGCAGAUGCCAAUGAAUCUUACAAACAACUUGUGGAAUCUUCUGGGAAACUGCAACUGUUGGACAAAAUGAUGGUGAAGCUUAAAGAGCAGGGACAUAGAGUUCUUAUUUAUUCUCAGUUUCAGAAUAUGCUAGACUUGCUAGAAGAUUACUGUGCUCAUAAGAAAUGGCAGCAUGAACGGAUAGAUGGAAGGGUUGGUGGAGCUGAGAGACAAAUACGCAUAGAUCGAUUUAAUGCCAAAAAUUCUUCAAGAUUUUGUUUCCUGCUUUCUACUAGAGCUGGAGGAUUGGGAAUAAACCUUGCAACUGCUGAUACAGUUAUUAUAUAUGAUAGUGAUUGGAAUCCUCAUGCUGAUCUUCAAGCAAUGGCUAGAGCUCAUCGACUUGGCCAAACCAACAAGGUAAUGAUUUAUAGACUCAUUGCACGAGGAACUAUCGAGGAGCGGAUGAUGCAAUUGACUAAGAAGAAAAUGGUUUUAGAACAUCUUGUUGUUGGGAGGUUGAAGGCACAAAACAUUAAUCAGGAAGAGUUAGAUGACAUCAUCAGGUAUGGUUCAAAGGAGCUAUUUGCUGAUGAGAAUGAUGAAACAGGAAAAUCACGUCAAAUUCAUUAUGAUGAUGCUGCUAUAGACCGAUUACUUGACCGUGAACAAGUUGGAGAUGAAGAAGCUUCAUUAGAUGAUGAGGAAGAUGGAUUUUUGAAGGCCUUUAAGGUUGCAAACUUCGAGUAUAUUGAUAAAGUAGAGGCUGCAGCAGAGGUGGAAGCUCAAAAGGCGGCCGCAGAAGCAAGUUCUACGAUGAGUAAUUCUGAAAGAACAACUUACUGGGAAGAGUUGUUAAAAGACCGGUAUGAAGUGCAUAAAAUCGAGGAGUUUAAUGCCUUGGGCAAAGGAAAAAGAAGCCGUAAACAGAUGGUGUCUGUUGAAGAAGAUGAUCUUGCUGGUUUGGAAGAUGUAAGCACUGAUGGUGAGGAUGAUAACUAUGAAGCUGAUUUGACUGAUAGUGAAACAACUUCUUCUGGAACUCAGACUGGGAGAAAGCCUUACAGAAAGAAAUCCCGUGUGGAUAAUAUGGAACCAAUUCCUCUGAUGGAAGGUGAGGGAAGAUCAUUCAGGGUAUUGGGUUUCAAUCAAAAUCAGAGGGCUGCUUUUGUACAAAUUUUGAUGAGGUUUGGGGUAGGGGAGUAUGACUGGAAGGAGUUUACAUCUCGUAUGAAACAGAAGACACAUGAAGAAAUAAGAGAUUAUGGGGUUCUUUUCUUGUCUCACAUUACUGAAGAUAUAACUGACUCGCCAAACUUUGCAGAUGGUGUUCCUAAAGAAGGACUUAGAAUACAAGAUGUACUUGUUAGGAUAGCUGUCCUGCUUCUGAUCAGGGAUAAGGUGAAGUUUGCAUUGGAGAAGCCAGGCACUACACUUUUCACAGAUGAUAUUGUACUGCGAUAUCCGGGAUUGAAGAGUGGAAAAUUUUGGAAAGAAGAACAUGAUUUAUUGUUGCUUCGUGCAGUAUUGAAGCAUGGAUAUGGAAGAUGGCAAGCUAUUGUUGAUGACAAAGACUUGAGGAUUCAGGAGAUUAUUUUUCAAGAGUUGAAUCUUCCUUCUAUAAAUCUACCUGUCCAAGGACAAGCCAGUUCUCAAGCACAAAAUGGUGUUAACACAGUUACAGUGGAAGCUCCUAGUACCCAGGUGCAGGGAAAUGGAAAUGGUACUAACAAUGAUAUGGCAACUGAUGUUGCGCAGGGGAUGACAGAUGUUGCUAACCAACCACAGUUAUAUCAAGAUUCUCCUAUAAUUUAUCAUUUUAGAGAUAUGCAGAGACGACAGGUUGAGUUCAUUAAGAAGAGAGUGCUGCUUUUGGAGAAAGGGCUCAAUGCCGAGUACCAGAAAGAAUACUUUUCUGAUGAUCCAAAAUCAACUGAGGUUAAAGGUGAAGAGUCUGAAAGUGACAUAAACGCUGCAGAUAGAUCAAGUUUAAACCCCAUAGAAAUUGAUGCUCAAAUGAUUGAUCAGUUGCCUCAAAUGGAACCAAUUACAUCUGAAGAAAUUUCUGCAGCUGCUUGUGAUGAUGAUCCAGACAGAUUAGAAUUGCCACAACUGUAUAACAAGAUGUGUAAUGUUUUGGAGCAAAACAUUCAUGAAUCAAUUCAGACGUCCCUAACCAACCAAGCAGCCAAUCUUAAGUUGAGGCAGGACCUUCUUCCAUUGGAGACCAUUUGUGAACAGAUAAAUCAAAUUCUGUGUCCUCUGGAACAGAAGUCUGCUUCUGAAGUGCAUGCACUAGACUCAAAUAAAGCACAAGCUGAAUUAAAGGACAAUCUACCAGAAUCACAAUCACAUUCUGUCCAGCAGAAUAAUGAUAAUCCUCCUGCUUCAGAAGAUACUGAGAUGAAGGACAUAACGAGAGAGUCUGAGCUGAGAGAGUCUGAGCUGCAAAAAGAAGAUGGUGUAUUGAUAGACCAAGAGCUGGUUAAAGAGCGGAACAAAUCUCCAUAUGAUAUUCUGGCUGCUGCAGAUACAUGGACAUCUCCAAAGGAACCUGUACAUUCACCAGAAAUUACCAAGAAUGAAGUUGAAAUGCAAGAAGUUAAAAAUAAUGCUGGCUGUUCACCAGGGAUAGCUGAAAAUGAUGUGGGAGUGGGAGAAUCGAAGAAUGAUGCCGACACCAAAACUGGAGCUAACCGAAGUGAAAAUGAGAUUGUCGAUAAAUUGAAAUCAGGAGUCGUAAUUUUAGAUGAUUGAUAUCAUACAAAUGACAAUCUCAUUACAUCUUUCAUAAUUCCUUUGCUGUAACAUCUAGUUUACAAGCUUUAGGAAAAAGGGACUCUUAAUUUGCUGCAACUUUCAAUGUCUACAGGUGUCAUUUUACAAAAUGCACAAGCAUCUAUUUGAUGUUUGGAAAA